AUGAAUGGUAGUAAUGAUUGUAUAAAUAAUAGUGGUAACACUAUUAUCAAAUGCAAAAAUCAUACGAUACCUAUUGAUCUCAUUUGUUAUGACUGUGUUUUGUUACUAUGUUCACAAUGUUCACCUCUUCAUAGAAAUCACCAUUUCGAUCAUGUCAGAAACAUUAAAUCAUCAAUCUAUCUCAAUCAAAAAAAUAAUUAUAAUUUAAAAAGGUGCAAUGAUAAUAGUAAUACAACAACUAACAGCAGUAACACUGUUGAUAAUAAUGAUCAACAAAAUCAAACAUUAAAUAAUAGUAUCAAUAAUAAUAAUAAUAAUAAUAGUAUAAUAAAUAAUAAUGAAACAAUAGAUUUUAAUAAUCCAAUUAAUAAUAAUUUACAAACAUUGUGGGACUCUUUAAAGUCAUCGGUUGAAACAUUCAAUGCAUUGAAAUUGGAUGAGGAAGAUGUUUCACAACACUUUAGAGAUCUACAUCAAUAUCUCAUUACCCAGGAAUAUAAAUAUAAACAACAGAUCACCAAUGACAUUGAUUUUGUUCGUGAAAAGAUAGAAUCAGAUAUAAAACAAUUCAAACCACUUGUUAACAUUGUCAAUACUGUUAAAUAUGAUAUAUCUACCAAUAAUAAUAAUAAUAAUAAUAAUACUUUAAUAAAUAGUAAUAGUAAUAGUAAUAACAUAGAUGAAGUAGACUGUACAACAACUGGUGAUGAAGAUCAAAAUGAUGAUGGUGAUAUAACCUAUAGUUACCAAACAGAUGGUGUUAUUGAUUCUGUUGCUGCAUGUUCUACACUCUCAGAGUUUAUGUCUGCCAAUAGUCAAUCUUUGUUCUCUGUAGACAAAACAAAAUUGGAAAAUGUCAAUGAUGACUCAAUUUUGGACUCUGUUUAUAGAUACUUGGAUGGAUAUAGAUUCGAUGCUGUCACAGAGUUUGAGAAACAUCUCAAACAUUACUACAAGGUGGAUAUCAAUCAAAUACAGACCAACAAGAUAAAACAAAACUUUGAAAAAUCAAUUCAAAUCAAGAGAAUCAAUAAGGUUAAAACAGAACAAGAGAAAGAAGAAGAAGAUGAAGAUGGAGAACAACAACAGCAACAACAACAAUUACUUAAAGAUCAAACUAUAUCAAAGGUAAAAGUUAAAAAGAUACCAGCUGCAAUCAAUAAUCAACUAUCAGAGAAUAAGAAACAAGUUUAUCUUGUUACCACCGAUAAGAAUGGACAGAUAACCAAGUUGGAUGUUAAUAAGAACUACCAGGAGGAGCAUUUACCGUUGCAAUUCAAUAAUGUCAAUACAUUCAAUUCAGUGGUUACUAUUGGUGAGCAUGUCUAUGUGUUUGGUGGUGCCGAAGGCUCCAAGAAGCAAUUCAAACGGUUCUCUGUAAAGACCAAUAUCAUCGAUUUGGAGGCAGACAUGUCGAGAGUCGAAGGAGAGAGAAUCUCUGCUUGUUAUAAUGGCAAGAAUCACAUCUACCUGUUGAACGGUAACAAAAAGUCACACGUGGAAAUCAGUAGAUACGACAUCGAGACCAACAAAUUCGAUCGUUUUGCAUUCUUGAACAACACUCACGAAGCAGUGCUACUCUCGUUCUUCUAUCAAGAUAUGUUGUAUAGCGUUUGUCGUGGUGCAACAAAGAUCAUUAGAUUCAAUCCAAACAAUAAGCAACGUGAUGACAUCUCAGUGGAUGGCGAUCACAUUGAAAAUGGCUCUGCUUUCUGCACCGAUGGCAAGGGUAAUAUCUAUAUACACUGUCUCACUGACCAACAGAGAUUCGUCAGGUUCAACGUCAUCGAGAGAAAAGUUGAAACACUCAAUCACGCUAUCAAUAUGGAGAUCUUGUUCUACUUGUCGAUGGUGUACGAUCCCAAUCACGAUCUUAUCUAUCUUCUCGGAGGCAAAGAAUAUCAAAACUAUAUCUACUCUGUCAAGCACAACAGUUGGUAUAAUUUCUAUAGCAAAGAUGAAUCAACAAGAUAUUGGUGUGGAACAGCAAUUGUAACAUUAUAA